AUGCUGGUGCGCUUCGGCGUGCCGGGGGAGGACGUCGCCCUCUACGGCGGGGGCGCGGGCGACUCGUGGCGCGCCGCGGUGCCCAGGCGCGUGCUCUGCGUCUGGCGGGACACGUUGCGUGCGCUGCCAGCGGGAGGGGCCGCUGCCCUACAUGACUACUUGAGCGCCGCAGGGUACACCGCGUGCUUUGCUGCCGUCCUGCGGGAGUCCGGGCACCUCGUCGACUACGGGCCCUGUGAGGCGCUAAAGUUCUUUGCCCUUACCCGCCGUGGGGCGGCCUCGGGUGCGGGUCUUUGUGUCGACCCCGCGAGCAGCAUGGCGGCGCUGCGGUCCUUCGGCCUCAGCGUUGUGGCGCCUCGGCCGGCGGUGGAGCUGGCGUCAGACGAGUACGCGGCCCUGCGGGAGGAGGUAGCGCGUCGUCGCAACUGCAAGGGCGCAGUGAUGUACGGCUAC